CAGACCGGGCGGCGCUGGCCGCUGCGAGCGCCGCUGAGCGCACUCACCUUCGGCCGCACAACUUCACGGCCAGGGCGCCGGAGCCCGGGGAGCCCCGGAGCCCGAGCCGCGCGCAGCGGGGCGCUCCGGAGCCUGGCUGGAGAGCGGGCGCCGGACACCCAUCGCGCUCCGAGUGCCGGGCGGCUCUGAGCGCAGCGUGGCUGCCGCUGCCCCCACGGAGGGCACGGGCUGGCGCGGCCGGGCGCCGGGGAGGACGGCGAGGAGGAGGCGGCGGCGGCGGAGACGGCGGCGGCGAGGCUGGGGCCAGGGAGAGAGCCCCGGGGGAGAGGCACCGGAGCCCGGCGGCGGGAGCAUGUGGGCCCGGAGCGGAGCGCGGGGCGCGCUGCUGCUAGCGUUGCUGCUCUGCUGGCACCCGAGGCUGAGCCAAGCAGGUGCUGAUUCUGGCAGCGAGGUGCUCCCGGACUCCUUCCCAUCAGCACCGGCCGAGCCCCUGCCCCACUUCCUUCAGGAGCCGCAGGACGCCUACAUCGUGAAGAACAAGCCCGUGGAGCUGCGCUGCCGCGCCUUCCCCGCCACACAGAUCUACUUCAAGUGCAAUGGCGAGUGGGUCAGCCAGAACAACCAUGUCACCGAGGAAGGCCUGGACGAGGCCACUGGCAUGCGGGUACGAGAAGUGCAGAUUGAGGUGUCAAGGCAGCAGGUGGAGGAGCUGUUUGGGCUGGAGGAUUACUGGUGUCAGUGUGUGGCCUGGAGCUCUGCAGGCACCACCAAGAGUCGCCGUGCCUACGUCCGCAUCGCCUACCUGCGCAAGAACUUCGAUCAGGAGCCUCUGGGCAAGGAGGUGCCCCUGGACCAUGAGGUUCUCCUGCAGUGUCGCCCUCCGGAAGGGGUACCUGUGGCUGAGGUGGAAUGGCUCAAGAACGAGGACAUCAUCGACCCCACCCAGGACACCAAUUUCCUGCUCACCAUUGACCACAACCUCAUCAUCCGCCAGGCCCGCCUCUCAGAUACAGCCAACUACACCUGUGUGGCCAAGAACAUUGUGGCCAAGCGCCGGAGCACCACCGCCACUGUCAUUGUCUACGUGAACGGUGGCUGGUCCAGCUGGGCAGAGUGGUCACCCUGCUCCAACCGCUGUGGCCGCGGCUGGCAGAAGCGCACACGGACCUGCACCAACCCUGCUCCACUCAACGGGGGAGCCUUCUGCGAGGGCCAGGCCUUCCAGAAGACGGCCUGCACCACAGUGUGCCCAGUGGACGGGGCGUGGACCGAGUGGAGCAAGUGGUCGGCCUGCAGUACCGAGUGUGCCCACUGGCGCAGCCGUGAGUGCAUGGCGCCCCCGCCCCAGAACGGAGGCCGCGACUGUAGCGGGACGCUACUGGACUCCAAGAACUGCACUGACGGGCUGUGCAUGCAAAACAAGAAAACUCUAAGCGACCCCAAAAGCCACCUCCUGGAGGCCUCAGGGGAUGUGGCACUGUAUGCAGGCCUCGUGGUGUCCAUCUUUGUGGUCGUGGUGGUCCUCAUGGUGGUGGGGGUGGUGGUGUACCGCCGAAGCUGCCGUGACUUCGACACUGACAUCACCGACUCAUCUGCCGCCCUCACUGGUGGCUUCCACCCAGUCAACUUCAAGACUGCAAGGCCUAACAACCCACAGCUUCUUCACCCAUCUGUGCCCCCCGACCUGACAGCCAGUGCCAGCAUCUACCGUGGGCCUGUGUACGCUCUGCAGGACUCAGCCGACAAGAUCCCCAUGACCAACUCGCCCCUGCUAGACCCCCUCCCAAGCCUCAAGAUCAAGGUCUACAGCUCCAGCACCACCGGCUCUGGGCCAGGCCUGCCAGACGGGGCCGAUCUGCUGGGGGUCCUGCCACCUGGCACUUACCCUGGAGAUCUCACCCGAGACACCCACUUCCUGCAUCUGCGCAGCGCCAGCCUCAGCUCCCAGCAGCCCCUGGGCCUGCCCCGUGACCCGAGUAGCAGCGUCAGUGGCACUUUUGGCUGCCUGGGUGGGAGGCUCAGCAUCCCUGGCACAGGGGUCAGCCUGCUGGUGCCCAAUGGAGCCAUUCCCCAGGGCAAGUUCUACGAGAUGUAUCUACUGAUCAACAAGGCAGAAAACACCCUCCCACUUCCAGAAGGAACCCAGACAGUAUUGAGCCCCUCGGUGACCUGCGGGCCCACUGGCCUCCUGCUGUGCCGCCCAGUCAUCCUCACCGUGCCCCACUGUGCUGAAGUCAGUGCGGGCGACUGGAUCUUCCAGCUCAGGACCCAGGCCCACCAGGGCCACUGGGAGGAGGUGGUGACCCUGGACGAGGAGAACCUGAACACCCCCUGCUACUGCCAGCUGGAGGCCAGGUCCUGCCACAUCCUGUUGGACCAGCUGGGCACCUAUGUGUUCACCGGCGAGUCCUAUUCCCGCUCGGCUGUCAAGCGGCUCCAGCUGGCCAUUUUUGCCCCCGCCCUCUGCACCUCCCUCGAGUACAGUCUCAGGGUCUACUGCCUGGAGGACACGCCAGUAGCACUGAAGGAGGUGCUAGAGCUGGAGCGGACGCUGGGUGGCUACCUGGUGGAAGAGCCCAAACCGCUGCUGUUUAAGGACAGUUACCACAACCUGCGCCUCUCUCUCCAUGACAUCCCCCAUGACCACUGGAGGAGCAAGCUGCUGGCCAAGUACCAGGAGAUCCCCUUCUAUCACAUCUGGAGUAGCAGCCAGAAGGCUCUGCACUGCACCUUUACCCUGGAGCGGCUCAACUUGGCCACCACGGAGCUCACCUGUAAGAUCUGCGUGCGCCAGGUGGAGGGGGAGGGCCAGAUAUUCCAGCUACGCACCACGCUGGCAGAGACAGCUGCUGGCUCCUUGGAUGCCCUCUGCUCUGCCCCCAGCAGUGCCGCCGCCACCCAGCUGGGGCCCUACGCCUUCAAGAUCCCACUCUCCAUCCGCCAGAAGAUAUGCAACAGCCUUGAUGCCCCUAACUCGCGGGGCAACGACUGGCGACUGCUGGCCCAGAAGCUUUCCAUGGACCGGUACCUGAACUACUUUGCCACCAAAGCUAGCCCCACAGGCGUGAUCCUGGACCUCUGGGAAGCUCUGCAGCAGAACGAUGGGGACCUCAAUAGCUUGGCGAGUGCCUUGGAGGAGAUGGGCAAGAGUGAGAUGCUGGUGGCCGUGGCCACAGAUGGGGACUGCUGAGCCUGUCCAGGACACGGGCUGAUGGGACCGGCAGAAGGCGGGCACAGGGAGGCCUGGGGCAGCCUCCCAAUGGGGACAUUCAGCCUCUGCUGCCCCCAGCUCCCAGCUAGAGCGGCUCCUCUCCUCCUCCCCGUGCCCCAGCCCCCAACCACGACCAGCCUUAGAAAAUCCAUGUAUUUUGUUGUCUGAGGACCCAGGUUCCCUCUCCGUCCCCGGCCGGCUCUCUCUGGCCUCAGCCCUCCAUGCAGGGACCGGGGAUGGAAUGCAGGUAGGGAGGGAGAGGAGGUGGCUCUCCGACUCCCCAGCCUCCGCCCUGGGACUUCCAGUCACAGCUUUCCGUUUCACUCCAUUUUCUUCCCCAGUUGCUGAUUUCUCCCUUCUCCCUGAACCCCCUUCUCCUUCCGCACCAUCUUGCUCUUUCAAGAGUUGAGUACAAUUCAGACAACCUGCUUUCUCCUGUCCCAGAGGAAAAAAAAAAGAAAGCUUCAGACCGCUAAUAAGGCUCAAAGAAGAAAAACACCAAAACCACAAGGGAAAAGAAAAACCCAGUUUCUUAGGAAACGCAAAUUAUUUAUUAUCCAGAUAUUUGGAUAAGUCCUUUUUAAGAAAAAGAACAUGAAAAACAACACACACACACACACAAAGAUAGAAGACUCUUUUCUGGAGUGGAUGAGAGUGGGCAUGCACGUGGUUCUGGCCAAGAGUGAGUGUGUGUGUGUGUGUGUGUGUGUGAGGGAGAGAGAGACUGAAUAGGGAACACAUUGCUACUAAUGAGUUCAUCUUGUACUAAAUUCUGGCCAGGCCUCAGUUUCCCCAGUUGUACAAGGAGUAGGUCAGACUGGGUUUUAGCUCAGUACCCUGUUGCCCUCUAAAAUCUUAAGUUGACUCUGAAUUUGUGAAACAAAGGAGCACUGUGGGCUGCAGUGGGGCCCUCCCUCCUGUAGCCUCAGGCAGAUGCCCUCAGGCCCCUCCGGGGACACCAGGGCUCCGGGGCACCCAGGCUAAGCACUGCAGUGGAAGAUGUGGCCGGGCCAGGUCACCUCUGAGCCAGAGGGAAUGCUUCCAAGGCCAUGGCUUGAUGGCUCUUCGUGGGGCUCGAGCAGAGAUGGGAAAUGGGGGGAUCCUCAGGGACACCUCUCUCCUAGGGUGUCCACAGGGAGCCAGGAACCCUUCCCCCACCCAGCAGCCUCUGGAUCAGAUGGGCUGGGAGGUUAGAACAGUUUCCUAAUGCUCAGGAAUCCGGAAUCCGCCCCUCAUGGGCUUCAGUUUCUGUAAAACAGGAGGGUUGGAUAGAGGGGGGCCCCUCUAGCCGCAGGAGGCCGAGCUUCCUGGACUCAGGUGGGCCUUGAGGAAUGAAUUAGCAGUCAGCUCUGUGUGGUGGGAGGCUGAGAGGUGGGUGGCCUGGGGACAGGGGAUGGAAUGCAGGUAGGAAGGGAGAGGAGGUUUAUAGCCCAAGAGUGGAGGAGGAAGGAUGGAGAGCUAUUUUCCCUGCUCUGAUCUCCAUGGGCACCUCCCUUUAAUCCUCUUCUGGUCCUCCCGGUUUGGGAGAUCUUGAAGUAACUUUCUGAAUGGGACUGCUGGGUUGCCAGAGUGGAAGGGCUGGCAACCCAACCAGCCUGUUUCAGAAUGUUCUGAGAGGCCAGCAGGGUCCAAAGUAUGUGGAGGUGUGAACCUCCGUCCAUUUCCAGGGGCAAUAGCUGGACCGGGAUCUACACCUGGCACAGAGGACUCACGGCAAGGCGAGUGCCAGCUUUCCAGCAGCUCUGUGAGCUGACCCCACAGGCUUGCCCCAGCAGGCCCCUGAGCCGCUUGUGGGACCAGCCUGGGCACAUCCUGCCUUUGAAAGUCUUCUCCUGAGAGUAGGGUGGGUUUAAAGCCACGGUCCCAGCCAGCGUCCCUGCCUGGCUUCCCUACCAUGGGCUUGCAUGUUUGUGGGCGUUCUCACCACUCAUCCAGCCCCGGGAGCAGGGCCUGGCUAUGGGCGACCUGCCAGGAAAUUUGAGGGAGGAUUCCUUCUAUCAGGGCUGCUGGAUGGGCCAGGCCUACACUGGGGCUGGGACCUAUCUGGGCCCCCACCUUGGACAGAGGCAUCACGCCUUCCCUGCCAGAGAUGCCCUCCCCUGUGGGCUUGGCCUCUGGUCACUUUACCUGAGAGUUGUGAGUAUGGCUUUGGGCCACACCAGGAGGGGCUUUACUGGUGCCAUUCCUGUCACUGACCUCUGAAGAUGCAGGCCAAUAUGCAGCCUUAGGUUCCGAAGACUGGGGUUGAGUCCAGCUUUUCCAUUAAUGAAACGGCUGCGUGACCUUGGGCAUGUCGUUGCCUUCUUGGGCCUCAGUUUCCUUUUUAUACUGAGGAGGCCCUGUGGCUGCUGUCUGAGCACCUCUUGGGUUCUAAUACACUGUGAUUCUUGGCUUCUGAAGGGAACCCUAAUAGGUUUCCCCCAAAAAAGUUGACCACGGCCUGCCAUAGCCCUGCCCUCCCCAACCCCAUUCAGACAAGAGCUCUUGGGGGUGGUGAGGACUGGCCAAUCAGCCAUGGUCCAUUUCCAAUCUGAUUUCCAGAAAUUGUGUACCAGGGUCUGGAGCACAGAACCAAUUGGCUGGAGCCUCCUGGGAGGGUUCAAACUGUCCAGCUUUAUAAGGAAAACACGGAAAGGUGUUCUGACUCCAUCGAUCUGCCAGACUGCUGUGACUGCAUCCCCACGCGCCUGCCUCGGCGGUGGGGUUAGCAGUUCCUCCUCCUCCUCAGAACUGAGAGUCAGCCCCUGGUGUGCACCUACGUGGGCUUCAGGAACUGCUGACUAGAUGCCUUUGGAGGCGUUCAGGCCCCGCAUGUUUAGGUCUCUCGUCUCUGGAGUGUGUUUGCACAUGCAUUUUUGUGUGUGUGGUGUGUGUGUGUGUUUGUGUGUGUGCUUGUCUUGUGGGCACAUCAGGGUGCUUGUCUGGGACCUUGUGAGUGUUCCCACAUGUGUGGGGUGUGUGCAUCCCAGGUUCGGGUGCCUGGAGUUGGUGCACCAGUGUCCUGCCCUCUGAGUCCACAAGGUCAGUCAGUGUAUCUUCUACGUGCCUCUCCCUCUGCCUUCCCCUCUUGCGACGCCCCAGGCUCCUGAGUUGGGUGGCAGGAGUUCCCCAGAAAAUGUGGGGGACACUCCCCAUCUCCUGGUCAAUCCAGACCCUCUGGCCCCCUACCCUCAGCCCCAGGCAGCUGAGCCAGGUCCCUUAGCUGGCCCUUGAGGGGAGGUGACCAGGAGCUUGGGUGCAGGGAGAAGCUUUCCUGGGGGGCAAAGGGCUGGACCCCUGCCUGGGCCGUGGACAUGGUUAUAUGUCCGGGGGGUACAGGGCUCCAGGGAUGGCCCCCAAUCCCACUUCCGUUUAUUCUGUAAACUACAACCUGUAAAUAACGUUUAGCAUUCCUAUUGUAACAAAAUUAAUUUUUAUGAAAUAAAUUAUAUUUCCUAGUCUAAUAAAAAAAAAAAGAAAUCCAGGUUGUAUUCUGCUGUGUUCUUGGCUGCCUUUAUAUCAGCAAUCAGGAAUAACCUUCUGGCCCUUCCCAGAAUUCCCACAGGGGGACAGUCACUAUUGGUUCAAAGCUCUGGACCCCUGAAGGUGAUCAUACUCAGCUGCUUCAUUUUACAGAAGAGCCCAGAGAGGUCUCAGGACUCUUCCAUCAACACACAGCAAGUUAGAGCUGGGGCUGGGACUGGGUCCUGGUCCCUGCUCCCUGGGAAGUGCUCUCAGUGCAUAAGCAGUUAUGCAGUGUGCUAGGGGUCAGUCAUUUGAGUCUGCAUGGGCUAGGUGAUGGGAGGGGAUGGUAUGCAGAGACAAAACCCCCAGCAUCCCUGUCAGCCUCCAAGGAGUUUUGGAAGGUGUAUCGUGGUUGGGCCUGAGGCUGAGGGGUCAGUUCACCUCAGAAUCCUGCAGGCAGAAAAGGAAUGAUGGGCUGGCUGAGAUCGUGUGACUUGGGGCCCACGGCUACCCUGCACGGUUGGGCAGGUUAUGCACUGGGCAAGGGCACCACAUCUAAGGGAAGAGGGUAUGCCAUUUCCAGAUUUUAGAUU